GUGCACAGAGCGUUUUGAAAAUAAUAAGGCAGCUUGCCUGUUCCAAAUAUAUUUAAGUGGGUCGGAAUUAUGGGUUGCCCCGGAAGAUUUUUUGAUGAUUUAUCAAUAUAAUCCGGAGUCACAUCUUUCUAUAUAUAUAGAGUCAAAAUGGCAGAAAGCAAUCAACAACCGCAUUUACACAACUUUUUCCCGGGAGAUAUGUCUUCAGUACGCUCGACAAUUUGCUUCUAUGAGAAUAUGGAAAUCGCCAAUUGCAAAUCAUCUUAAACAGGAAUGUCAAAGA